AUGUUUGGGAUCCUCGAGGCCGUGGCCGUGCCCCAUGCCGGCGUCUUCAGUACUUACGAGGAGCUGAUCAAGGAUCUGAACGGGCGGAUGGAGAAGGAGGGCUACAAGAUCGUCAAGGCUAGAUCGCACCGCUCGAGAAUGGGCGGUGCUGAUAUUCCCGGCAACGAUAUUGUUCGAUGCGAUCUCGUCUGUGAUCGAGGCGGCCGACCGUACAAAUGCAUGGCUACGAAGCACAAGACGACGACGAAGAAGACGGAUUGCCCGUGGAAGGCCAAGGCUGUCAACCGCAAAAGCAUUGGCGGCUGGGUCCUGACCAUUUCCUGUGAUCAGCACAACCAUGCUCCCGGGACCCCAGAACCACCAACGCCCACUGAAAUGAGCGAGGAUGAAGAAAAUGAUCUCGGCGAGCUUCCAGACAUUGAUAAUGGCCCACGACCCGAUGCGCAAACUGCAACAGCCAUCCAGCUGGCUGGCAUCUCUGAUGCGACGCUCCGUUUGACGGGCGACACUUUCCAUCAGCUCAAGUCCGAUUACCGUAAGAUGUCACAGCCAGAUCGACUGAACGCGCUGGCACAAUUUCAGAUGCAAAUCGCUGCCAUCUACGCCGUGCAGAACGAAGAUUGGCAGCGCCAACGCAGGCAGGAAGCGCAAGACAAGCGGCACUCGCUGGUGGACAAGAGCCGUAGACAGCUGUCAGCACAGAAACAGCGUGCAAGGCGUCGCGGACGACCUGACGAACAAUCGCAGCAGCAGCAGCAGCAGCAGCAGCAGCAGCAUCAGCAGAACAUGGAGCAACAGGCAGUCCACCACCAGCUUCAGCAAGAGGCACAAAACAGUCAUCUCCAGCCGUUGACGCAUUUUCAGCUCCCGCAGAAUCCCACCCAAAGCCCCGUCCCCAUCCCCGGUGGCAUGCCGACCAACAUGGCUUUUCCUCAAUUCGGAGGCACGCCCAAGCGCAUGCGUGGCCACCGACCGGCGAUGGCGUCACAGCAAGACGUUUAG